AUGUACAAAGAAAAUUCGAUUUCAGAAUUCGCAGCAACAUAAGGCAUUCUAGGGCUUAACCACUGUGCCGUUCGUUUGCAGAAAGUAUUAACAUUGGUUUUCAAACAAUAAAGCGGCCUACCGUUUCGGUGAACUUAAUAGACAGACAAACGUCAGCCUCUUGAAAGGUGUGCGCCAUUCAGCGAAAGUUUAUCGAGAGGAGAAAGAUGUAUCAUGAAAAGCGGGGGUAGUAUGAAGCCCAUGGGACGCCCUCGAUGGGAGUCUUUUAUAAGCGCGAUCGCUUCUUGAGUGUGAGCAAAGAAGAAGAAAGAUUUCGCACGGCGAACACGUACUUGGUCUUCAUCCGUUGCUUGCACUGAGGCGACAUAUUUCUACCUCGGAUAACUCUCACCAGAGCGAUGUGAAUACUCAUUAAACGAAUUAGAAGUUGAACUAUAUGGAUUUAUUUCAAAGUAAGACGCCGUUGUUCCGUUAUUCAUGGUCACAGCUUCAGUUUUCAUUCUCACAGUGAAGGACAGAAUUGAAAUGAAGACCAAUUUCUUUGAUUGAUUCAGAUUUAUUGAUAAGGAAAGUUUUGGAUAAAAGGAAAAGGUAAUGCAGUUUGGAGGAAACAUAGAGUGGAGCGCUUAAAACUUUUCGUGAGAAUAAUCUUUUUAAAGUGCUAGAUAAAGAGGAAUAAUCACUCUCAAUCAGUUCGAUCCACAAUCUUAAUGUCAAGAGUGAGCAAAAUUUAGAAUGAAUUGGAUCUGUGCUUUCCGUUUCGAUUCGACUGUCAUGCCACCAUUUCUAUGGAUUUAGAUGAAUGGUGAUCAGCCUUAGAGGAUCUGCUGUGGCCCCCAUCUUGUAAUUUGAUUUGGUCUACAGUCGUAAGGAGCAUUAGCUGGAGGGGGAACAUCCAUUAGCGACUAAGGAAAUGAUAAAAUGGGUGACCGAAUUUCCGUAACGUGUCUUCAAGGAGGUUGUGUUAUUGAUAACUCAACAAAUGGAUGAAAGGAUCCUAUGAAAAUACCACAUCGGAGGAGGGAAAACGGCGGAAUUAACGCUUUGGCCUCCAUUUACGUGAACUGUUGUCGUCUCGUGCUGGUUGUUUCGGAUUUGACAACCGGUAAUUGCGUUACACCUUUAUGAGAUUUAAAGAUCUUUUGCUGAUUUUGAUUAGCGAUUCUACUCUUUAUUAGAAAAGAAAAUACAGCUAACGACAUUUGAUGACGUUUUUAUACGGGAAAUGAAGGUUUCAACGUGAAAUUGUGGAGUGAUUCAUUAAAAGUGUACUUGGUUAUUUGCUGUUUAGGCUGAAAUAUAUAUUGUUACCAUGACGACAAAUUUAACGAACGGAACAGACGAUGGUGGGGGUGGAGGCUACUCCCUCGCUGGGUACAUCGUCAUUGGCAUCGUCCUCUAUUUCAUCGUCGUGCUCGCCAUCGCAGGAAAUGCAUUGGUCAUCGCUUCCGUCCUCGUCUUCCGGAAACUUCGCACGGUAACCAACUACUUCAUAGUCUCCCUCGCGAUAUCGGACCUCCUUCUCGCGAUGUUCGUCAUGGACUUCAACGCGUGCUUCAUCGUCCUCGGCGACUAUUGGCCCUUUGGAAAGGUCUUCUGUCGAUUUUAUAUCUCGAUGGAUAUAAUGCUCUGUACAGCAUCUAUUUUAAACUUGUGCUUAAUUUCUUUGGACCGAUAUUGGGCCAUUACAUCACCUUUCAGUUAUUACCAACGAGUAAACGCGACUAACGCCAUUAUUUUGAUUGUUCUCGUGUGGGUCGUGUCUUUCAUCAUAAGUGUACUCCCCGUUAUGCUUGGACUCCACGUAGAUUAUACUUUAGACGAUGAGCUGUUCCAGCUGUUUUAUGAAGAACCUACGUUUUGCGUAUUAAUUCUUAGCGAGUGGUACGCAUUCGGAUCAUCCGUUAUUUCAUUUUUCAUCCCCAUAUUUAUCAUGGGGUAUACUUAUGCACGUAUAUUUAUUGUUGCGAGGAGGCAAGCACGUCAAAUUGCCGCGUACAAUAACACGGGACAACGCAUACAGGGCACGGACAAGAAGGUUCAGGGUUCAAUGCGUCGAGAGCGCAAAGCGACAAAAACUCUAGCGAUCAUUGUCGGUGUUUUCAUCGGAUGUUGGUUGCCAUUCUUCAUAGUGAACGUUGUGGAUCCCUUCUGUAAACGCUGCGUGCCGCCUGAGUUCAUAAGCUUCACGGUGUGGCUGGGGUACGUGAACAGUGCUCUGAACCCCAUCAUCUACGCACAGAAUAAGAGCUUCCGAAAUGCCUUCAAGACCAUCCUCUUCUGUUACAAGUGCCGAGGGUUGUCUAUGCGACAGGCGGACAGUAGCGACGACCACACUGCCAUGAGCAACACGAGCAGGCAGGAACGGCUUAGGGGACGCUUGGGCAACGGUUACAACACUUCACCGCGUCCGUCGAAUUCGGACCAUCGAAGCAGCAUCGAGAAUUCCGCGGAACAGAAUACCAAAAUGGUCAAGGAUACCUCUUUGGUCAUUGCCAAUAAGAACACCGGUGAGAAUGGUAAUGACCCCAAGAAAGACAGUUCAACCCCAGUUACUGUUGCCACUAUCACCCAAUCCGAUGCAAACGGUAAUGCGAUCGAUGUCCCUCUUUAAAGAUGUAUAUACACUUGUCUCAAUUACGUUUCAUCAUUGCCAAAAUGCACCCUUUUUAAUGUACCUUUAUUAUAGAGACCUUAUAAUUUGAAGGUAUUAAGUUAAUUAAUAGACGCACAAUUUAUACUUAAUUCAUUUUAAUGUCUCUUAUUUCGCAUUAGCCAUUGAUGAUUUAACUCACAGGGGUUAGUCCGAUGACAAAGGCUGCAUGGUAAAUUGUUAAAAUGUUGAUUUUGAUAUCUUGGUCGAUAUUGCCGGUCGUAUUCAUAUAUUGCUCCACACGCCAGUAAAUGAUUUUAAUCAAUCAAUAGAAUAAAUAAGUGUCAGGAUGAUAAGGAAAACUUGGAGCUUUUAAAGAAGCUUUUUCAUAAUCAAGGAUAUAGUACUUUGAAUGUAAAACCAUCUUCGUUUUAAUUAUCUACGCCCCGAUUAGAAUUAUAUACGCAACCUAUAUUACCAAUAACCAUCGAACGGGCAUAUUUGCCUUGACGCAACCAUUGGUAAUAAACAAAAAGAGGCUGUUUUGUGUCGAUUGCCAAUAUUACACUCUAAAAGAGGUUUAUCCAAUGUUGGAUAAAAGCGGAGUAUGAAUGUUCGUUGAGUUAAACGAUGCCUAGUAUUGCGCUAGAUUUACACAAUGUUGCGGUAAAAUUUGCCAGUGGAAUAUUUUUAUAUCCUGUAUAAAACUUACCCAAGCCAACAUGUUUGGUCGCGUUUUACACAAAAUUUUACGAACUUUAUAAAUUGGUGCAUUUUACCUGCUUUUUGUGAUACUUAUAUCGACGAAUUGGGUAUUUACUUGAGCCCAAUGAAGAAAGUUUUGUUAGCACUGCAUUAAGUUAUUGUGAUGUGUACAAAAUCAAGCGAAGUCUUUCUGCAAUGUAGUACAUAUUAGGUGUCUAUAUCAUUACAUGUUGAGGAAAUAUUGUUAGUAUGCUACUAUUCUUUCAAAGUAAUGCUUGUUUUCUUUCCCCCAUUGUGUCUGGGGGAUAGUCGCACGAAAAUUUGUGUAUAUUAUUAAUGUUUUAUACUUCUUCACAAACCAGCUUGAACGUAAGUUUCAAACGAGUAAUUGUAACAUUAUGAAAGAAAAUCGAGAAACGUAUUUCAUUUUGUUACUUUUGUGGGUUAUAUAUAAACUAGGCCUGAUAUGUAAUUCAUCAUUUUACAUGGAUAUUAUUGGAAAGCAUUGCGAUGAACGUUUAUACUUCAAAGUCAUAUUCAGUCACACUUUGUGGGCAUGGUGGGGAUGAUGCAUUACUAUAUUUUGUUUUUCGUAAUGAGUUCAUCAGUAACCAUGGCAACAGCGUCAAUCGUAACCGAUCCCAUCCAUGCCUCGGGGGGGGGGGGGAUUCGAAAAUGGUAUUGGCCUGAGCAUUUAACGUGAUUGUAAACCUGUUUCAUUAAGGGUAAUAUCAUAAAUAGAGAUCGUAUAUGUUUUAUAGUCCGGUUUACCUUAAUUGUCCUCAAUUUUUUUAAGCAAUCAGGCGUGAACAUCUUGAAAAAGGGAAUGAUACCGUCUGCCUCUUAGAUGCUCCUAGAUAACUGGACUUUCAUUCACUAUAAGUCACGUUUAAUUCUACCAGGAUAUAUAAUCUUACCUGGAUAGUGCCACAGUGGUAGAGUGGUAGUCGACGGCUUCCUGAUCGGAAGGUCCUGGGUUCGAAUCCCUGCCCGAAGGAUUUGAAAAAUUUGGGAAAAAAGAUUUGCAAUCAUAAUUUUACUCUAAAACUCAAAUGCAAUUUGAUUUUCAACAAAGCAAAAGUGUGUAUUUAACACGUGUGAUUUUUUUUUUUUGGGGGGGUGGGGUAGUCCCCGGGGUAGUCCAUUGAACAAAAUUCUUUCUUCAACGAGAUCCGGAUCGGUUAAUAAAAUUAUUCACGUCAACCUGUUUCAUGUAAAACGGAUGAAUAUAAAGUGAAAAGGGGGUAUAAGGCCUACACAAUGAAUAGAUAAAAAGUUUUAUCGGUGACAUUGAAUAUAGGCUGAAGGUGAUUCUGUGUGUCCUGGUUCCCGCGAAAUUGACACCAACACAAAUCGGCAAUUUGUCAUAAUUUCCAACGCAUCGAAUUCGUGACUUAUCUAAAGCAUUCAUCAAACAGAUUUAUGUCCAUUUAAAAUGAAUGAAAAGUCGACCUCUAAGGAAUGUGUGAGUUAUAUCCUUUGCUUAGAAAGGCGUAGGAUUGACAAGUAAUAAUUGGUAUAUGUAUGUUGUUUUUUUUAUUUAAUGGCGGUCAUUACCAAUGAUACCGCUAAGCGAGUUAUAAGUAUGGAGGUGUAUUUCCGUAUAGCUCUUUUUUUUUCUUGUACAAGUUCAAAUGCGCUUUCGAAGAAUAAAUUGCGGUCGUCGGUCUGAGAAUUUCAGGUCACAGGCUUCUACAUAUCAGGGAGGGAUAAAAGGGAAGGGGCUCAGAAAGAACCGUGUUCAUUGCUUUAUAUGCUGACAAGUUCAACAACAAAAAGGUCUCACUUCCAAAAAGGAUAGCAAAAUGAUAGACCUAGGCCUGCAAAGAAGCUGGCAAGAAGGACGCACUCCAAAAGUAGUUACUCCGAAAUACUGAAGAAAAAGAAAGAAAAGUAGAUAUUUACGUCAAAGAGAGGUGAAUUUGUGAUAGCGGAGGGGCUCUGUAUCAACUUUUUGACAGAAGUGAGGCACAUUAAUCCUGUGACCCCAUCCCUGUCCUUGCACCUGCGCCUCGAUGUAAAUGGAAUGGAUGGAAAUGGAGGCAGUAAAAGAUGGAGAUAAACCCUAGAGAUAAGACAUCAUCCGUCAUUAUUUUGGGGUUAAUCUGUAAUAUAUACCGAAUAAAAUAGCUUUGGGGUAUUGCACUUCGACUGAAGGUGACUGAGGGUAAAUUGCAGAUACGAUAAAAUGUGUCACAGAAAUGUAGGCAUACUCUAUAAAGAGAGACAAAGAGCAAUUAAAAUGUCAAAAUAUGCAUUUUUAAGCUAAUCUAAUGUGGUUCCUAAUCACACUCCUUUCAGAGACCAGUCCUGAUGGAAUAAGAUUUAAAUCUUUCGAGGGUGAAUUUUUACCUUUUUUGGAGUGAAAGUGUAAAAAAAUGUCCACCUUCACUCAAAAAAGGUAUAAAUCCAUCUUUAAAGAUUGAAAUCUCGUUCCAUCAGAACUUGUGCCUCAUCUCACACUGAGAGGAGUGCAAUUAGGGACUAGAUAAGUUCAUUUGCAUUUAGAGAGUAGACGCACGUAUUACUUUGAAGCAACGAUUGACCGACUACUAUAUGUUCUCAUAUUAUGUAGAACAAUAGGGGACUGUUUACAUCGACACAAUAUUUUGACAUGAUAUUCGGAUUACGUUUGAUGUCAAUAUUGACCGGAUCCCAUCCGGAUCCGAAUUGACCGACACCGUUGACAACACUUCAGGCAGUCUGAGACUCUCCCCCAGACCCCCCCCCCCUUCUUAAAUAUCUAGAACGACUCACAGACAGACAGAUCUGGGUAACUAUAAAGCUUUGUGUUUUCGGAGAGUUGACUGCAUUUAUAUCUCAAUCGAAUGUUGUUCUUUCAAAUGUAUAUGAAAGUAAUAUAAGUCAGCUUCCCAAGAUGGAAUUGCAUUACUGAAGAAGUGGGAUAAUACAUUUGAGGUGUUCCACCAACACGCUAUCCAAUCUUUGUACUUCCAUUUCGACUGCACCAAUUAGAGCUACGCCGAUGAUUAAUGCAAUAUUUUGUACGAGAUUUUGUUGGUCUCAAAUUCUGAAGUAUCCGACACCAGACACCUCACAUGACCAAAUUUUACUUGAGUUAUUCGGUUUGUCGGUGUUUUUCUCAAUGACUGGAUCUAUGGGUAGACUUAACAGGUUAGUAGACGACUUAUACAUCGCAACACUAACUUGAAGUCGCCAUCCUCUUAAAAUGAAGACUAUUUAAUGUCCUUGUGUAGGUCAAUGAGACAUGCAUACAGACAGAUUUAGGCCGGGUACGGAUCAAACUAAGCGGUCACUUAUUUGCACCUACUUUGGUCAUAGGCCA